GUAAAUGCUUCAACUCUGAAAUCACCUUCACUCACCAUAUUCUCUCUCUCUCGUAGCACCUCAGAAUGUGCAAUCAGAGAUAAGACAAAUGAGGAUGUAAGUUUGAGCAGCCUUCAGGAGCGAGGAUGGAGCAGUGGUUGCUGAGUGAUGUCCUUGAGUGCUCCGUUUGCCUGGAACAGUUGGAUUCCUCUUCCAGGGUCCUUCCUUGCCAGCACACCUUCUGCAGAAGAUGCCUCCUCGACAUUGUUCAGAAUCUGAAGGAACUAAGAUGCCCAGAAUGUCGUGUGCUAGUAGAGGUGCCGGUGGACGAACUUCCACCAAAUAUCUUGCUGAUGCGGAUCCUAGAGAGCAUGAGAAGUGCUACUCUCAAAGAGCCUGCAAAGGUGUCCCAUACAGGCCCCACUCAUGGCCAGCCUCCAGGGAGAGCAGACCCCUUUGAUGGUCCACCUCUCACUCAAGCUCCACCUCCUCCAUCCCUGCAACAUUACAACUCGUCCUCCUCCACGCCCUUCUCGGGACCUUUCCACACUGCCUCGGAGGCACUGCCAUCUUCAGGAGGACGCUUGGUCGGUUUCACUGGAGGAGGCACUGGAGCCGGGGAGUCGUAUGGAGGGAACAGCGUUGUUAGUGCUGGGUAUGGAGGCUUGGCGGGGGGUAACCCAGGAGGCCUGGGCUUGUCCAGUUGUCCCCCACUUCAGGGUCUCAGUAACUCUUCAACACUGGGAGUCUCUACCUCAGCAGCAUCUCCUGCUACUCAGUCAUCCUCCUUGCCUAAUGUAGCUCAUCACAGACUGCCAUCAACUCUACAGCCAUGUGCAAAAGCCCUGUACAACUAUGAAAGGAAAGAGUCCAGGGAUCUCAGCUUCAAGAAGGGAGAUGUGAUUAUUCUCCGCAAGAAGAUAGAUGCCAACUGGUACCAGGGAGAGUUAGGUGGUCAGAUUGGCUUCUUUCCAGCAUCUUAUGUGCAGGUCAUUACACCACUACCCAGUCACAUCCCUCAGUGCAAAGCUCUCUAUGACUUCAAAAUGACCAAUGAUGAAGAAAGGGAUUGCUUGACCUUCAGCAAGGGGGACAUAAUCACAGUGCUUCGAAGAGUGGAUGAAAAUUGGGCUGAGGGAAAGCUCAACUCUCGCAUUGGGAUCUUUCCAUUGUCAUUUGUGGACCUAAACAGCGCAGCCAAAGCACUAAUGAAGCUUUCCCUAAAUGCACAACAAGGUCCCUCGCGUGUUGCUCCUCCAACCCCCACUAGCUUGGAGGGCGAGCCCCCCACACCCCUCAUCCUUAGUGAGGGCAAUGGGAGUGGUCCCCCCUCCGCCCAGGCUCCUCCAGUCCCUCACCCAGAGUCCUCCUCUUCGUCAUCCUCGGCCGUGACCAGCCCGGACCCCUCCCUGCCUUCCCCAACCUCCAGCCCUGCAUCCCCACCUAACAUUGGGCCCUCACCCUCUUCCUCCUUAGUUUCAUCUGCUGUGGUCCCUCUCCUGCGGGGGCCUAACAUGCGCCACCAGCGGGAGAAGCGGCACAGCUUCACAGGUGUGCGCACCCACAACCCCAGCCCUCCGCGGUCUCCUGCUUCCCCACACAGGCAUUCUUUAGAAAUUGUAAGCCCAACAGAUGAGCCAUCUUCUCAUGGUGGGACUUCAGGGCCAACUGGCUUGGGUGCUGGAGGCCCAGGCGUUGCUGCAGGCAAUGCUGAAGAGGCCCAAGAGGUACAUGGGAAUGGUGAGCAAGCUGGAGACUCCUUAGGGUCCCCAAGAGUCAGAUCAGGAACUGCUUCCUCUACCCAGUUGGGUUUAUCUUCAUCAGCACCUCAAGUAUCUGUCACAACUUUUUAUGUGGCGCUUUACUCAUACCGGGGACGCAAAGCAGAUGAGUUGGAACUAAGGAAAGGCUACAUAUAUACAGUGACAGAAAAGUGCCAAGAUGGAUGGUAUAAAGGUCGCUGUAUAACAACAGAUAGAGCAGGAGUCUUCCCUGGAAAUUACGUCCAAGUUGCUAAACCACAGACAAUAGCUGCCUACCUGGCCAAGCGCAAUGCCCGGGGGUCUUCCAGUCACAACCGCAACAACAGCACAGGGGGAGGAACCUUAGGUCCUAGUAAUGGUGGAAGUGGAAGCAGCACCCUCCCUUCGGGUGUGGUUAGCUACACACGGCCUAGAGCAAGCCCGGGUGGUGGAGCAGACGGCAGGCAUGCAGAAGGUUCCCGUGGUGUCUCAGGAAGCAGUAGUCCCCCCUCGUCCCUCCCUCCCGAGCUGCCUCCCAGAUCAGUGAGUUCUUCCAUUGAAAGCUCCGGCCAUCGCUCAACGGGCCACACUGCCUCCUGGCACGCAGCAUUGCCUUCAUCGCAAGGUUUCUCCACAAGUCAUAGAUCUGUAAGUGGGUUAAGCAACGCUGUUUCACCUCCACCAAAUGUAGCCCUAGGGGAGAGUGGAACCGUAGCCGCAGGAAUGCUGUCUCCAUCAAAAACUGACAAGAGAGCUGGAAAGGAGAGAUGCAGUGGAAGCAGUGGUGGUAUAAGUCUAAUGAGAAAGUUCACAAGUAGCGGCAAGAAGAAAAGUAAAUCUCCACCCCCUUCGUAUUCCAUGGACAAUCCUGUUUUCGAAGACUCGACCGUUACAACCAACAUGCAGCAUGUACACACUAGGUCAGAGUCUUGCCCAGGCACACUGGUAGGGGGGGGUGCAGGAGGUGUGUUGGGUUCAAGCUUAGGGUUCGGUCCUAACUCUCGCCUGCGGUCCGGUGGGGGGUCCUGCCGCAUCAGGUCCCGAGACCGGCCCAAUAUCAUCCUCUCCAACAUGAUGUUGCGGGGCAGAACUGGAAGCAACCCAGACACAAGUGCGGUUGGUGUCACUCCUUCAUCUCUGCCUACGCCAUCUCCACCUACAUCUGUCCAAACCACAGGAGAUAUCCCUUCGGAAGCACCUCGACGCGCAAAACAGCCUGCUCCCCUAGUCCGUGGGAGGUUCCGUUGCAUAGUACCAUACCCACCAAAUAGUGAAUACGAGUUAGAACUGCAGCUUGGGGACAUCAUAUACGUGCACAAGAAACGCGAAGAUGGCUGGUACAAGGGGACUUUGCAGCGUACUGGCAAGACUGGUUUGUUUCCGGCCAGUUUUGUAGAAUCUUGUUAGCUCCGAUAGUCUUUUUUUCUUUUUCUUUUUUUCUUUUGUAUCAGAUCCAUUUCAAAGGAUAGCAACUCAUUUAACUGAAGAAGACUUACAGAGAGGAUACCUCUGUACAUGCCAAGACUUUCUAGAAGUUGGAGAGGGGUUUUGAUACUUUUCUAAAAGCUGACCGAAUAAACGCUUUACAGUUAGCAUUUUUUCCUUUUUAAGAUGGAACGGCUCAGCAACUCUGUAUUUUGAAUUGAGAGUAAAUAGCCUCUAAGGGACUGAUAUUUCAAACAUGUUACAUGGUGAUUAGAGCUGAAGUACAUGUAUUAGUUCAGUAAUGUCUUGAGGUCGGUUCUUUUUGUGUUGAUAUUGUUGGCCAUGAUGACCAUUUAAUUUUGCUUGGUUAUGUUUUUAUAUGGUGAUAUGAUUAUAUUCUCUUUAUUAUUAUUGUUAUUAUUAUUAUUAUUAUUAUUAUUAUUAUUAUUAUUUCUAUUUCUAUGACAGUUGUAAUUAUUAUCAUCGUUAUCAUCCUCAUCCUCAUCACCAUCAACAUUAUCUGAAUCACAUCACCUUCACAUUGUUAAGAUAGGGAGCAGUGAAAUUAUGUUAGAAUAGGGAGCAGUAAAAUGAAAGAUAAUAGGGAGUUUCUGAUUCUCUGUUAUUUUGUUCAUAACUUUUUUACACAAACAAAUAAAACAGAUAAGUUCACACAUACAAACAUACAGACACAUACAAAAAAUAUAUUUAUAAACAAACACACACAAGCUACCAGGAUAUCCUAAUCCGACGGUAACAGGUUUCCCUCCCUCCCGCCUCCAUUAGGUAAGCAUCUUGCUCUAUAAGCUGAUUGACAUAAGAUCAAGGCCAUGGCUAAGCACUGUCGUGUUACUCCUCACCAUAUUUUCACAUUAUUAUUAUUAUUAUAAAAUCAUUAUUAUAAUUUGUAGGACUUAUACUGUUAUUAUUGUUACUAUGAACGAGAGUUACAAUUUUUGUUUAAUUUUUUUUUUUUUUUUUUUUUUUCAUGUCUAUUAUAUGUAUUAUUUUCUCGCAUUAGUAUCUGAUUUAGUAGCUGAUAUUAUCAUCACUGUCUUUAAAAUUUUCUUGUCUGAACUAUGAAAGUCUCUUUCAUGUUGCUUGCCAUGUGAGUUGUGAAUCCAUCUCCUUUAGUCAUCAUCAUUUAUUGUGUUGUUGUAUAUGGUUAAGAUUUAAAGAGGAAUUUUCUAGACAGAAGAUGUGCUUUUGUCAUAUUCUUUUUAUGAUAUUAGGGAAAAAGAAAAUCUUUGUUGACAUGUAGUUUACAAGUUUCAUAUGAUUUUGUACAAACUAUUCUUUUUAACCCCCAGAUAAAAGAGAAUGUGAAUUCCUUUACUGUAAAAGCAUAUUAUUAUUAUUACUAUUAUUAUUAUUGCUGUACAGGAGGGUGCUAAUGGCAUUCUAGGUUAUCUGGUAGGAGUGAGAUCAGUCUUUCACACAAGACGGAGAGAAAUCUUGCUGCUGAGUCUUUUGUUGCUCAAAAUCAAUUGGUUGAAUCAGGUUGAAUGUACCCUGUCAUCAACUUGGGGAAACAAGAUUGAAUGAUUUGUUCCGGUGUAUGAUUAUGCUGGACAGAUCCCUUAAUUCAAUGCUGCUGUGGUGCAAAUUCUAUGAUCUGUUCCAGACGCGGGCGGAUGAGCGUUCAUGUCUGGCUUGGAUGUCGGUGCAGUUCGAUUUUAGGGAGUUAGCUGGAAGGAAAUGCUGUUGGGAUUCGCAGUUGGAAAUUGUUUUUGUCAGAUAUGAAUAAUAGUGAUUAUUUUUGAAAAUUGUGAAGUUUUAGAGUAAUGGCAUACCAUAUUGGGUAUGAAUGUCUAGUAUUGAAAGUUUUCUGUCCAGCAGCUAGAGAAAAUGAGAUUAGAUGGUACAAAUUAUACACUCUGUUUUUUUUUUUUUUUUUUUUUUUUUUUUUUUUUUUUUUUUUUUUUUUUUUUUUUCUUCUUUUCUUUUUUCUUUUUCUUUCUUUUCAGAGCUUGCAUGCCAUGCCUCAUUCGACUUAUAACUUAUUUUUUUAGUAUUUAAUCAGUUUGUGUUGGCUCUGUGGCAGUAUGGUUGAACAAUUUGGAUUUUAAGAGUAAGCAUCAGUAGUCUCGAGGAUUAUAUAGUGUAAGGAUUGUUCAAGGAGCUUAUAGUCAUAGGUUUGCAGAGUAGCAAAGUUUAUUAUGAAAUGGUUGCUUAUCUUUGGUAUAAGAUAAUUAAUGUGUACAUGGGCACACGCACACACACGCACACACACACACACACACACACACACACACACACACACACACACACACACACACACACACACACACACACACACACUCAUAAACACAUACACACAUAUAUAUACACACACAUACACACACGUGCGCACACACAUACACAUAUUAUCAAGUUUUGUUAAUACCUUUUAUCUCAUCAAAUUGUACUAGUGACUGUAGCUUGCCUAAAAGAUUCAGAAAAGGCCCCUGUAGCAAUUCAUGAUAUGGUGCUUGCAGUUGAAAACAUUGUCAAAUGUACAUUUUUUUCUGGUAAAAGCAGGUAAAUUUUCAGAAGGAAAUAUGAGUAGUUAUUUUUUUAAAUCUGUAUGCCAUGGCAAAAAGAUAUGUGGGUGCAAGUUGCCUAAUAAUGCAUUCCAUGGUCCAGUGUCCAUUAUUUUGAAAUCUCUCAUGUUGUGCUGCGAUGCCUCGGUCGGGGAUCCAGCAUCUUCUUGUAUUGUGAUCAGUUUUAUUUAGCAGUUUUUCUUAAUUUUACUGAAUUUGUUAAGUACCAUUAUUGCCCAAAGUUAUUGGAGAUUAAUGUACAGGGGGAGAGUCUGCACAUGAAUGGCUUUCAGAGUUUUCCAAAGAGUGCUCAUUUGUUUCUGAUUUCUUAAAUAGUGUUACUUUGUUGAUGGUAAGACUAGUUUCCAGUCAAGUAGUGAACAAUGCUACAAGCACAAAGACCCUGGACUAACCCGUUUGAAAACAGUGUGCAUAGUUAGGAUGUAGCUGAAGUAGUUUUGAGCAUAUGUACGUUGUAUCAAAAAUUAACAAAUCUCCAGCAUGAUCUUUUUUUUUUAGGGAAGUUAAAUUCUUAAGCUUGUUAACUUUGCAAGGGUUAUAAGAUGCCAUAGCUGGAAAAAAAAGUCUGCAAUUGUUGCUGAUAUUACAAUUGGCAGUAUGGAGUUCAUUGUUUAAUAAAUGCAAUAUAAAUGAUAAUCUUAAAUGAUAUGAUACCAUCACCAUGUUUAUCCAAUGACUCCAACAGUUUGUGAUAAAUGAGAAAGUUUUUGUGUUUACUCUGAAAAUACAGAACAUCAUUUCCAAUCCCAAGUGUCACAGUAGAUUAGGAAAGAAGGAAAGGGAUUACAUGACUAGAGAUUAAGCUACUUCAUCCAGCAAUUGUUUCAUAAUGUUUCAGAUGAAUUGAAGUGGGUAGAGAGGUAGUGAUUGCUCAAGACCCUAUGUACCCUUAGGAGUUUGAGAACCAAUGUCAAUACUAAACUGUUUAUAUUUUCUUCAUAAUUUAUUAGUUUUAGCUAAAGUCAUGCAUGCCACAGCAAAUAUUAGGGACUUUUCCCCAGUGGCUGGUUUAGGAAAGGUGUACUGGAGUGAAAACCAAGUGUAUGCUUAAACUUUUGGAAAAUCAGUUGCCACAUUUAGUCCACUAUUGAGCCAAACCUGUUAUGAACUUUCAUUGUUAAUAGGUAUACCUUUCAGAGCAAGAAAACUUUUUCUCAGCUUAUACAUUGAAUAGGAUAUUUAAUUUAUGAUGAAUAGGAGGGUGCUAAUAGCAUUCUUGUUUAUCUGGUAUGAGUCUUUACAAAUUAAUCCUUUAUGUAGAUUUUAUUAGAGGAAAAUAGUCAUGCAUCUGCAACAGGUUAUUGGGGAAUUUUUUUUUUGUUUUCUAUAUUUUGUUUAUCUUCCUGCAGUAUAUGAAAAAUGUUGCUAAUUUGUGUCAGAUUCUGACCUUUGUUAUUAUUGAUCAGUAGCAUAGUCAAGGAUAGAGAUGCCCUCAAAUGCAGGAGUUGAAGGUUAACCCUAUGUACGUACAUGUCAUGGCAUGCCUGGACUAUAUUCCGGGUGCCGUGGUGCGCCGGUCCCGUUUUCCGGGGGUAUGUACGACCAUGCUGCACACACUAUGGUGUCGACACUAUCACUCGGUGGUGGGUCCCAGGCCACUACGAAUACAGCCUGGGAGGAAGGGCUUUCGUAUCGGGAAACCACCUGGCAGCAAUGGGUUAAGUUUUAAAGGAUGUGAUAAGAAUUUUUAUCACAGAUUCUUAUGUUUAGUGAUAGAUUGAUAAUUAGAGUAAUAUUUUUCUGUGAUCAGCAGAACUGGAAGCAGAAAUGUGAUAAAAUGCUUUAUUGUCAAAUUAUUAAACGGAAGACAAAAUGAAAGUGAAACGUGGUAAAGAUCAUUAAUUGGUCGCACUUUGAAAGAAAUGUAAAUAGGAUCAGAAUAGAGAUGAGAUACGGAUAUCGACUAUUGACUUGGAAGUGUGGAAUAUAAGUAUAUAAUGAGUUUUUUGAGAUUUCAAAGAUAUUAUUAUGCAGUUUUGAGAUGAGAAUACUCAGUAUGUUCAGUAUUAAUGAGACAAUAUCAGGCUGAUUCAGUAUCAGUGAUAAAUGCUCCAAGUAUUGUCAUGUUAUCCAAGCCAAAGUGAAAAUAGAGUAUUGCAUGAUAUUUGGCAAAUUAUUCUUUUUUUUAGGCUCUUUUAUGCAGAAUGCUUCAUUAGGCACUUUCAUUUACAUUUUACACAUAUAAGCAAAUUCUCUGGAAGGUUGCAUUGCAACUUGUUGAGUUCCACAAUAGUUGACAGGUAUGGCAGUGCUCAGUAGGAUACCCUGUACAAGUUCUAUUCAUUUAUUAAAGUUGUGUUCAUUUAUUCACAUAUUUUACUGGUGUCUAUAAAAGUUAUCUUGUUUUAGUACAGUUAUCCAAGAUUAUUUAUCUGAUUGCAUAAGGUAUAUGAUUAGUGAUUUACCUUACAGAUUGUUAUCACAGAUUUUACAUGUGUAUGAGUAAGUCUUGUACACAAAACAGUAAUCUAGUUUUUUAAAUCAUGAGUUUUAUGUGACUGAGAGAACGUCUGCAGUAAAUUUGUUGUGUUACUGCAGUGUAAGUACUGGAAUGUCAUAAAUUCAUUGUGUUCCUAAACAUUUUUCUAAAACUGAGGAGUCCAAAAUCCUGCUUCACAGUUUUAUUUUUAUGAAGAGCUGUUAUAACAAAUCAAAAGGUAGUGAGGAAUUCUUGGGAUUUUCUCAGUCCAGAGUCUUGAGGAAGGGGGAGGAAUUGCAGCCCUGCCUCACGUUCUCCUGUUCCAUUUCUUGAGUUAUUUAUUUUAUUUUAUUUUAUUUUGCAAAGUUUACUCUCAUCUGCAGUUUUGUGUGUGUGUGUGUGUGUGUGUGUGUUUUUCAUUUCUAUAUUUCACAUCAAGAAUUUUUCUUUCUUUCUUUUGUUUUUGUUUGCAAGGUAUGAUCAUGAAGGGUCUGACCUUUGGCUGUAAAAUAAUAACCAUGCUGGUUGAUCUGAUAUUGAUUAGGUAUUUACUUCCUUUAGGGCCAAUUUUCCAGCAUUCUACACUAGCAAAAGGGUCAUUGCUAAAAAUAUUUCUCAACAUCAGUUUUUGAGAUUGCCAUGAGGUGCAUCAUCACAUUCCUCGUGAAAUACAAAAAUAUACAAGAAGGCCAUACUAUCAAGAGGGAUUAUUACCUGGGAGUUCUUUGUCACCUUCAGGAUGCUAUUUGUUGCAAAAUAUCAGAGUUGUGGGUAGCAUCAACCUGCUACCUUUAUUAGGGCAGCUCCCCCACCCAUAUCAAGUCGGGAAAGAAAACUAGAUAUGAUGGAGCAACUUUGUAGUUUCAAAAAAGGGCUUUGAGACAUGUUUCCAUUGGGCUUGGUUUGUAAAGAUGCUUUGUAGAAGGGGAGAAUAAUUUACUGUUUAAGUAGCAUGGGUUUUAUUUUAAAAUCAAAGAUGUAUGAAUCGGCAUACAUUUGACAUGAGUAUCCUGAUAUUGAUAUAGUAUUUUGUUGAUGCAUCUAGUAAUGUCUUCAAGAGCAUUUUCUCUCUCUCUCUCUCUCUCUCUCUCUCUCUCUCUCUCUCUCUCUCUCUCUCUCUCUCUCUCUCUCUCUCUCUCUCUCUCUCUCUCUCUCUCUCUCUCUCUUUUUUUUUUUUUUUUCUUCAUAUUUAGCAUAUGCUAAAGAAGGGUGAUGGAAGGACUACAGAAGCAAUACAUUUCCUAAUCUGCUUGAAAGAAACAAAGCAAGGGUGGGAAGUAUUUCCUAAGGAGGCAUGAUCUUUGUUCCUCGCAAGUUGGGCAAAGGGAGAAGCCAAAGGAAUUUUAAGCAGUUGCUUGAUAAAUUCCUUUAGCUUUGCAUUAACUUGAAAAAAAAUCUUUUGUUAAACAUUUGUGAAAUGCUAAACCUUGCUAAAUUUAUAUAUCUUUGAAGACUGAAGUGAUUGUAGAUAGAGAGGAGUAGUAGUAUUUAUUUCAUG